AUGGCGCUCCUUAGUAUCGAUACGAAUAUUUACUCUAACAUAAUACUUUAUGGCCUUGUCAUUGCUUUCUUGACCUCGUUACCGAAAUCUUGGAUCCUGCGUCCAGGGACGAAGACCGAUAAUCAUCCCAGUAAAGGGUCAUAUCCACUUAACCUGGGUGCAACAAUACGAAACCGGUGGCGAGCCUGGACAUUCUUGAUCAAAGGCCCUUCAAUUAUCCAAGAUGGUUAUAACAAAUCAAACGGCGACCCAUAUGAAGUCUUCUCACCCGACAAUCGAUAUGUCUUCGUGUCCAAGGAAGAACACAUCAAAGAGGUUGACUCGGCUCCCGACACGGUCCUGUCUCUCCAAGCAGCAUCGAAACAGAUGUUACAACCCAAGUAUACCAUGGCUGGAUUUAAUUGGUUUGAUCGGCGAGGUACAGAGGGUGUCGGAUUUGUUCGUGCACUUCGAACUCUUCUCACCAAUAACCUACCCGCAGUUCUUCCAGAACUACGAGUAUCUGUCUCCAAACUCAUCGACGAGAUGCAUGAUUCACACUCAGCCGUAGACGGUAAACUCAAAUCUCUACUCGACGUGAAAGUAAUAAGCGCUGACGUAGAAAUAGGUGUAAAGCAUUCGCCACUUCUUCCUAUGGUCUUGAGGCUGACCGCCUUGACGAAUGCAAGAGCUUUUUUUGGCCAAGAACUUUGCCAGAACGAAAACUUCAUGCGCUCCGCCAUGGCAUAUAUUGAGCAGACACUAGCCUUGGCAGAAAUCAUUCGACUACUGCCCUCCUCGAUUGCACCAAUUUUUGGAAAAGUACUCGCAAAAACUUUGACGUCCCAGAAGGAGAUUUUUAAAGCCAUGAUGCCUAUAGCUGAAGAACGAAUUCGUGAGAAAGAGCUCAAAGCAUUAGGCCAGAAAGUCCCAAUUCAUCACGACUGUAUUCAAUGGAUCAUGGAAACUGCCCCAAGAUCGAAUCCAUGGUCUGCAGAAAGAAUCGUUCACGAGCUGAUGGCGAUUUGGUUUGGAUCGGUACAUGUGCUAACAACGACGAUCGCAUUCGCCAUGCACGACUUGUGCCUGCAUCCAGAACACACGGAGCCGCUGCGGACGGAACUCAGAUCCGAUGCUUACUCCGAAUUUGAACGGACAGGUAAAGGCCUCCCUCUAUUGGACAGCUUCAUCAAAGAGUCCGCUCGCCUAACUCCCGUGGAAUCAAUGUCGACACGUCGUCAAGCAAUUGCACCGUUCACCUUCUCAGAUGGCACUCACCUCGCUGUCGGUGAUUGGGCUGUUACGCCCCUUCGAGCCAUGCUACAUGAUGACGCGCAUUUCCCUGAAGCAAACCAGUUCAAUGGGUUCCGUCACGUUCAGCCCGCGGUCUUGGAAAAGCUCACAGGCUCAAACUUCGGGUCACUGGAGGCUCAAGAACCUUCCUUGUUGACGGAUGUUAAUAAGCAUUGGCAUGUUUGGGGUACUGGUCGUAUGGCUUGUCCUGGACGAUUCUACGCCGCCGCCGCCAUGAAGACGAUUAUCGGGCAAUUCAUCCUCAAAUUCGAUGCGUCGCUCGUUAAUGAGGAGGAAUCGAGAUUCAUCUCAUGGCGAAGCUUUAUUUAUCCGAGGAAUAGGACGAAGGUUAUCUUCCGACCGGUUGAGGAAUAA